GUUAGCAUGUGUUAGCGACUUCCAUACGCAUGUAAAUAUAGCAUCAGCAAACGGUAAAUAUCAGUCAGUAUUGCUGUAAUUUACAGUAAAAAUCAACAUUAUAUUAAGGACCUGCACAUAUGUUUUGAGUAGACUUACGAUUUAUCGUACAUAAACAUUUAAAUAGCUACUUUGUACAAGUCUUGUCUGACCGGAGUGGAUGGCAGGUCCAGGUUUAUUUAGUGUUUAAAGAGUUUUUAAUGUAGUUGGUGGAAGAAAAACUGAACUCUUGAUACCAAAUCCUGUGACACUGCCAGCCAACACCCCAGUUGGUACCCUGCACAGGACAUCCUAGCACCAUCUAAUGCGAGUCUGAAGCCAUGUCCAAGCAGACACAAGCGAAGCCCUCCCUGCGUUUCGGUCAGGUGGUUAUUGGGCCCCCGGGUUCGGGGAAAACCACCUACUGCCAAGGGAUGCAAGAGUUUCUGACUCACCUGGGACGCAAGGUGGUGGUUGUGAAUAUGGAUCCAGCCAAUGAAGGGAUACCUUAUUCCUGUGCGGUAGAUAUCUCAGAGCUGGUGACUUUGGACGAUGUCAUGGAAGGUUUAAAGCUGGGGCCCAAUGGUGGACUUCUCUACUGCAUGGAAUACGUCGAAGCAAAUCUGGACUGGUUGGAGGAGAAGCUGAAACAGUACAGUGACUGCUACUUCUUGUUUGACUGUCCUGGACAGGUGGAGCUCUACACCCACCAGAACUCAGUGAAGAAUAUCUUCUCACAGCUGGCCAAGUGGAAUUUCAGGCUCACAGCGGUGCACCUCGUGGACUCUCAUUACUGUGCUGAUCCAGCCAAGUUCAUUUCAGUGCUGUGCACCUCGCUGUCUACGAUGCUGCAUGUCGAGCUUCCCCAUGUCAACGUUCUCUCCAAGAUGGACUUGAUGGAGCAGUAUGGCAAGCUGGCCUUCAACCUUGACUUCUACACAGAGGUCAUGGACCUGACCUAUCUUCUCGAUCACUUGGCUGCAGACCCCUUCUUUAAAAAAUUCCGCCACCUAAAUGAAAAGUUGGCAGAGGUCGUACAAGAUUACAGCCUUGUGUCCUUUGUCCCUCUCAAUGUACAGGACAAAGAGAGCAUGAUUCAGGUCUUACGAGCAGUGGACAAGGCCAACGGCUACUGCUUUGGAGACCUGGAGGAGAGGAAUCUGCAGGCCAUGAUGUCAGCUGCUGUGGGGGCAGACUUCCAGUUCAACUCUACUCUCGGGGUGCAAGAGAGGUAUGUUGAAACCAGUGGAAAGACUGUGGAAGAGGAAAUGAUGGAGCUGUAAAUGGAAAAGCUCAAAUAACAGCACGAAAGCGGUCACCCCUUCAGCAGCAGUAUACGAAGGGGGUCCUGGGAACAUCCAUCUCACUUGGCCUGAAUUCUUCUCAGCCUCUCUGCAGAAGCAGUGGAGACAUAAGAACUAAAUGUGGGUGCUGUAGAUGCUUCACGGUCGCACCACACCUCAUGAAAGAAUCACAGUGACGAAGACUAAAGGGAGCAAAUGUGUGGGCUGAGUAAUCUUUUUUUUUUUUUUUGUAAUGUUUUGUAGGCAAAAAAGAAAUGUCUUCUUUACAAAUGGAUAAAAAAUAAAGUCAUUCAGUUUCAUUUUUGUUUGAGUUUGAUACAUGCUUGGGAGCCCAUGUUUUGCCUUGUAGCCCUGAUAUGAUCGUUGAGCUGAAACAACAACGUGACUGUAAUGAAUAUGGCCAUUUAUUCUUAUUAUGGGUGCAAAAAUGAAAUGUUUUGCGUGAAUAAUGGCAGAUACGCACAAACUGGAAUGACGAGGAAGAUGUCUGAUAAAGCCUGCAUGCAUAAAAACAUGACACGCAGUGGAAUAUAAUCUCCAGAGCCUCAGUUGCCUCCUAACAGUUGCACGAUUUUCUGGUGAAAAGGGAAGUUUUGAGCAGUGUUUUAGGGUAAAGGAAAAGGUGGAUAAUCCUAUAAACAUUUAUAAGACAACUGCAUAUUAUCCAGAGAUGAUUCUUUUAUGACAAAGACUGAAAUGGUUCAAUAAAGCCCUUAAGUAAGGCAUCAUAAGUAGUU